GGAUGACAUUCAGACGGUUGCUGCGUCUACUGCGAGAUGAUAUCCAAGCACUGACUUGAAGGAUUGGAGGUGGAUGCAGCAACACGAUCUGUGCUAGUAUGAGGUGAUCGACCAAAGGAGGACUCUGAAUUCUGACCCCGGUGACAUGCCAUCCACCAUGCGUCGGUCAGCCUCCGCCACCUCAUCCCCUUCACGACCUCAUCGCGCCAUGCGCCGUACGCCAUCCUCAUCCUCGCAGUACCGGGAACCAGCUGUGGGGUCCGAUGAUCCAUCUACGAAGUCCCAGAUAUAUGUUCUUUCCGCAGACGGUUCCUCUCUAUUCCUUUUGGAUCCCAGCAAGCCUGAUGGCAACGAAGAGCCUCCUCCCUAUGCCCCAUUUCGCAUCACCCCUCCAGAAGUGAGACAGAGCGGUUCUGACGAGCCAACUGGCGGAAUUAGAGCCAUGAAUCUUGCUCCCCCUGCCCCUGGAAUUUCGAGUCCCCUGCGAUCACCUCAAUCAGGUCAUGCUUUCCCUCCAGGCACAAUCAUUACCCCAGAGGCCAGAGCCCGAGCCGUGACUCUACCUGGGAGGUCAAGAUCACCACACGAGACGCCUACCCGGUCCAUCGUUCGAAACUCUUCAUCUUUCACCUCGCCAAACAACACUCGAUCUGCCCGUUCGACUCGGUCACUUCGUCCGCCAAAUGAUCGCACACGGUCCCAGCAGUCCAUUGCUACGUCCAUAGGCGCAACGUCCGUCCGAGUGCCAGAUGAGAGGACGUCGCUGCUGAGUCCGGACGAUUGGGUCGAGGUGAAUUAUUAUAGAGGACGCGGACGAUGGCGAGCUAUAUUCUGUGGAGAGGUCGAGGAAGGCGAGGAAGUGGUGACUUGGAGUGGAGGCUGGAAACGCUAUUGGAGGACGCUCAGCGAGCGUCAAGCAUGGAGAGGACUCGUGCAUCUCAUCCUCUUGACAUUUCCGUUCGCUCUCCUUGUUUGGCCAUUCCUUCUUGCUGGUACUCUGGCGGGGACAGCUCUCCUUAUCACGUUGCCUCUUGGUGCGGCAGUGUGGUGGUUGACUCUGUUCCUAGCACGGUCCGCUGCCCGUCUCGAGAUCAUCACCCAGCUGCACUACCACUCUCCCCUGAGCCCAUCACGGCGACAUCCAGCGUAUCAUCCCAUUUUCCAUCACCCGAAGGAGGUCCUAUCGAGUCCUGACCCCCUCGAGACAGAUCCUGACUGUGCAGAUAUCCACAGUGAUGAGGAAGGCGGGACCGAUGAAGUAGUCUGGGAGACGCGCUUCAUCAAAUGCUCCUAUGCCAUGUUCUGUGAUCACUACUCUUACUCUGCUCUCGUCUAUUUUCUCCUCAUCAAGCCUCUGGUGGUCCUCUUCCCUACCAUUUUCAUCGUUGCAUUGUUCCCCGUCUGUUUUCUGACCAUCUUCGCGCUCCCAGUGUACCUGCGGGCUAUGCGUCGUUGGGGCAAAUGGCAGGCAGGUAUAGCUGUAGAAAAUCUAUGAGAGCGGUUGGUUUUGUAGCAUAGAGUCUAGUUGUAUUCGAGUUUUGCAUCGGCUGUUUCAUCA